AUGGCCCCAUCACUAGAAGAGCCCGUGGUCACUGUCACCACAAGUCCGGCGAAGUUUGCAGUCCCAGUCGUCACGAAGGGCCUCGUCGGUGAUAACAAGUUUGGCUAUCAGCCAGGCCGCACACCAGUCACUCAACACCACAACUAUGCACAUGAAGACUUCUUGCCUUCAUUUCCAAACAUCCAAUGGCCUCCGCUUGAGCAGACUCCCUACGAGGAUAAGGGAUUAGAUGCUACAGCAGUCUUUGAUUAUAACCCGAAGAUUGGCACCGAGAUCCACGGCGUUGAUCUCUCAAAGCUUGACGAUGCACAACGGGAUGACCUCGCCAGGUUGAUUGCAUACCGAGGUGUUGUCUUCUUCCGCUCUCAGAAGAACUUCGAUAUCGAGGCCCAGCGUCAACUAGGCCAAUACUGGGGCAAGCUGCACAAGCACGCCACCACAUCUGUCCCACGGAAGCAAGGUCUCGAGGACGUCCAUGUGGUUUAUACUGGAGACAACUCCGGUGACAACCGCGCUCUCUUCACACCCAGCUUCCUAUGGCACUCCGACGUGACCUAUGAAAUUCAGCCACCAUCCUAUACAUCACUCAAGCUUUUGACCGGCCCGCCCCGUGGUGGUGGUGGUGACACUUUGUGGACCUCGCAGUACGCUGCCUAUGAUGUCCUCUCCUCCCAUAUGCAAACAUACCUCAAAGGCCUCACGGCCCUCCACUCGGCCGACAUGCAGGCCAAUGACUCCCGGGCGUUGGGUCGACCGGUGCGCCGGGAGCCCGUCACCACUGAACACCCUCUCAUCCGCACAAACCCAGUCACUGGAUGGAAUGGGCUGUUCUUCAAUCCGGGCUUCGUAACGAAGAUCGUCGGCGUCCCCGCCGCAGAGAGUGAUGCUAUCAUCCGGUUCCUGAGCGAUGUGAUUGCCACGACCCAGGAGAUGCAUGCGCGCUUCUCGUGGAAUGAAGAGGACGUUGCACUUUGGGAUAACAGGUCCACCAACCACAGUGCUUCUUAUGGGUUCACGCCACACCGCCGUCAUGCUGUGCGCGUCGCAGUCCAUGCCGAGAAGCCUGUGCUGGAGAAGUCUGGGAGGUCUCAGGAAGAUGAACUCAAUGCUUUGUAUGGACUGCCGGCAGUCAACAAGGAUGGUUCUCGCCAGUCAAACUAUAAUGACUAG